AUGCACAGCCUUCGCCUCUUGGAUGCCAUGCCUGCCUGCAUGACAAAGCUCCCGAGGUCAGCAGAGACGUGGGCGGACGGUUCCAGCACAAAGCUCACGGUGUUUUGUGCGUUGAUGGGCGUCGUAGUUGCCCUUCCCGGCCUUCGUCUGCGUCGCGACUCCUCGCCCGAUCUCUUCGAGGUGCCCUCCAACACCUCCCUGGUUCUGGGCGGCAUCAACACGGGCUUCGACUGCGCUGACCUCCCCUACGGCUACUACGCCGACGAGGCCAACAACUGCGCCAUCUUCCACGUGUGUCUGCCCUACAUCGACCACAACGUGUACAUCUCCCGCCACUUCUCCUUCAUGUGCGCGCCUGGUUCCAUCUUCGACCAGGAGCGCCUCGCAUGCACCCGCCCCGAGUUCGCCCGUCCCUGCGCAGGCGGCGAAGGCUACAGGAGCUCCAACGGCUACUUCGGCCGGAGUGACAUCAACUUCCUCGAGUAAAAAAGAAUCGGAUGAGACGUGUUUACGAAACUAAUGGUUGUUACUUAACAUCCAUUAUUUCAUUUACAUUUAAGGAUUUUCAAUAAA